AUGGAUCCCAAACCAGCCAUGGCCGCAACCCAGAUUCGUCCAGCAAUUCGCAGCCGCGGCCUCAUCCUCGCUACAAUGGCCAUCACCACUGCUGUCGUCGGAAUCAGAUAUCAAGCCGCCUCAAUGAAGACAAAUGAGUUGAACCAGCGCUCCCGAGCACCGUACUAUGUCUCUGUCGACCGCAGUGGUGGUGGAGUGUAA